AUGUUACGCCCACACCCUCAGAAAUAUCAUGUCAGCUUUGGCACAUCUAGAGAGCGAGAAUUCUAUAAGUAUUUACCGCCUUAUCAUCUCAAACCACACGCCCUACAACACAUCGGGCCUAGCACACUAUCAAAAGAAUAUGUCGCUCGAUCCUCGGCGGACGCCGUUCUGACGGCAUUCGCCCAACUAGGCACCUUGCGACUGAAUGCGCAACGUUCGUUGAUCUCGCUCUUCGGUCGCCAUGAGCAACACGUUCUCACCGAAGCCACUCGAACCCUGAGUCUGCAGAAUGAUGGCGAUCAUAAUGCACAGGAUGAGCUUUGGGUCGGGAGCUGUACUAUGUCAUAUGAUCGCAGCCUGUGUAAAUCGGUUAUGAAUUAUACGCCAAAUACGUCAGACCCCAGCGAGGGAGUUUUUGUUGUGCCCGAUCUCGCCAUAGAUAACACAUUCAAGGACCAUAUCGAUGUGACUACAUUCCCAAACAUUCGAUUCCUCGCGUCAAGUCCCAUCAUCAGUCCGAAAGGUGUUGUGAUUGGAGCCUAUACGAUCUUGGAUGACCAACCUCAUGACCCCCUAGACGCAGUGUCACUCCAAUUUCUGGUCGAUAUUGCAGCUACCGUCAUGGAUUAUCUGGGAACUAGUCACUCAAAGGUCCAGCAUUUCCGCAGUGAGCGCAUGAUUGUUGGCCUUGGAAGUUUUCUGGAGGGAAAAGGCAGUCUGCGCAACUCAUGGGUUCUCGACACUGACCUUCCGCAAGCUACAUUCGAUGAAAUCGACCAUACAGAGGGGCAUGUCAAUCGAGAACAGCAAGAAAAACAAGUUUCGCAUAACGAGACUCGGUCCAUGGCUCAGAAUGCACGAAGCCACCUGCCCUUUCGCCCAUACAACCUUCACAUCCCUCGAAAAACGACCCUGCAAGGGAAUAGGGAGCAAUAUCAGUCACCUUCCAAUUCGACCACUAGCAAGAGAGAUGCCAAGGCCUCAUCGAAACUUAAAGAAGUUUCUCAAGCGGCCAUGGCAAUCGGAAAUGACCAGUCAAUCCAACAAACACCCAAAGAUGAUUAUACUGCCAAAGUAAACGAAACAUUUGGACGUGCAGCCAAUCUCAUCCGCGAGAGUAUCGAAGUUGAGGCAGUCGUCUUUUUCAACGCCAAUUUCGGCUCUCAGGGAGCUUUAGUGACCAAUGCGAGGUCUGACACGGAAGGCAGUGGUUUUGAAAGCUGUUCUUCCGGCGAUGAGGGCAAAUUCCGAGACUCACCCCAAUGUUCAUUCGAAGAUCAAGAGUCUUUUGAUCCGGAGCAAGCUGAAAGCUCUGGCAAAGCUACGUUGAACCCGUGUGAAAUACUCGGAUUUGCCACUUCGAAUACAUCUAGCGUGAAUGACCAGUUGACGGAGGAUAACAAAAUUGCUUUGUCGGAGUCAUUUCUUGGGGGACUUUUACGCCGAUAUCCUCGGGGGAAGAUUUUCAAUUUUGGUGAAGAUGGAACAAUCUCCUCUGAUGAUACGAGUGAUGGUGUUUUCAAACGAUUUUUGCGACCUCCUAAGGGCAAGAGGUACAAAAAAACACGGAAGUCACUUUUGCGCCAGGAUGCCCAGACCUUGCUUCAACUCGCCCCAGAGUCUCGAAGCAUCGUCUUCUCGCCGUUAUGGGACUCGCACAAAAGUAGAUGGUAUUCGGGGGCUCUGACGUGGACAAAAGCACGUCACCGUGUCUUCACUUCAAAUGAUGAGUUAGCAUUCCUCUUGACAUUCGGAACAAGUGUCAUGGCGGAAGUGCACCGACUCGGUGCUCAUUUCGCUGACCGAGCAAAAUCAGACUUGCUCUCAGGACUCAGUCAUGAAUUUCGAUCCCCUCUGCAUGGCAUUUUCGGAACCGCAGAACUCUUGAAUGACACUGUCAUGGACGCGCUACAACGAGGAUUCCUUCAUACGAUCUCUUCUUGUGCAUUCACACUGUUAGGCUCUAUCAAUCAACUCCUUGAGUAUGCUAGUAUCAAUGAUGCUCGACCAAACUCUGCUGCCAAACUCCCCGGCGGCGCUAUCUAUGAAAUUCCCGCCGACCAGAAAGUGGCCGCAGUCCGCCGUUCGUCGCAGUCCGGCAAAAUUGAUGUCGACACUUGUGUCGAACUUGACGCUAUUGUUGAAGACGCAGUUGAAACGGUCUUCGCUGGAUAUUCCUUCUUCAACGGUUCACAAUCCCCUCUUCAUGGUGUCGCUGGCGCUUCUACCCUGGGUAGCAAAGAUCUCGACAGAGGGAGUGGAGUCAAGGUGAUCUUGGAUAUUGAUCGCACCCACAGUUGGAAGUUUUCAACACAGGCUGGGGCUUGGCAUGUCAUUCUCACAAACAUAUUUGGCAAUGCCUUGAAAUUCACUCAAAAUGGUUAUAUCCACAUAUCUAUGAAGGCCUCCCCAGCCAGAUACAGAAAAGAUGGCGAGGUCAGAAGCUCUACAGUCACAGUGACUGUAAAGGACACUGGAUCUGGGAUUGACCCGGAAUUUCUGAAAAAUGGACUAUUCAAUGCUUUCUCGCAGGAAGAUAGCACGACAACCGGCAAUGGUAUUGGAUUGAACAUCACACGACGAAUGAUCGUAUCGCUUGGCGGCGAUAUUCACGUCAACUCCGAGAAAAAGGUUGGCACUGAGUUCAUAACAACUGUGACCCUUAAUCAUGCGUCUACUCCGGACAACCUCGACGCGUUGAAUAGUCACUCUCCUAUCACCAUGACGCAAAGACUCCUCGCACGCACAAAAACCAUUGGAAUCUUAGGUCUCGGCACUUCUGAAUUAGGCACAGCUCUAUACACAUCGCUACAGAAGCUGUGUCAAGACUGGUUCUCCAUGGAAGUUCUUUUAGUGGAGUCUUCACAAACACAAUUCGCCCACUGUGACUUGUACAUCUCACCUCACGAAUAUCUGGAUAUAGGGAAUAUGGAGAUUAGGGCCAUUGCGCCAGGUCCAGGUGCUCGAUUUUCUUCGCCUGUCAUCAUAAUAUGCCCAUCCCCGCGGACUGCACACUCGAUGUCUGUCCGAGCUCAAAAUUGCGGGGAUUCACAUGUGCUCGAGUUCAUUAGCCAACCCUGCGGACCACGCAAGUUGGCAAAAACACUAGAAACAUGUAUUAAACGUCAGAAGCUGCGAUUUGAUUCCCUCCGGGGCAGAGAUUACGUAUCGGAUUGCUCAACGAGCUUUGCAGCCGAUCUCUGUCCCAGUGAGCCUGAAAUGGACUCGCUUCUUAGCCUAUCGUCAAAUGGAGACCCAAGCGAACAACCCACGAUCAACAUGAUAUUAGAUUCAGAAACAUCCAGUCAGGUCUCGAGAGGAACUUACGAGGUGAGAGACUUUCGAGAGGAUGUUGAUGCCUCGAUUUCUCUAUCUGAAGUCACGACGAGUCACAAUACAACCACCAAUGAGGGGAAUUAUCCCGUGUCAAACCUUCCAACAACCGUUCUUCUUGUGGAUGACAAUGAGAUCAAUCUCAGAAUCCUUAUUGCUUUUAUGAAGAAGUUGAAGUGCGAUUAUCUUAUUGCGCAAAAUGGACAAGAAGCCCUCGAUGUUUUCAAGGCCAAUUUCGCUGCUAUCGGAAUGAUCUUUAUGGAUAUUUCCAUGCCGGUAAUGGACGGGCUGGAAUCUACUAGGCAAAUUCGCGAGUUUGAGAGAACAUUGAAACCCAAAUCCCAUGUCAUGAUUGCUGCUUUGACUGGCGUUGCGCAAGCCGACAUGCAACGCGACGCGAUCGGGUCUGGUAUGGAUUUAUUCCUCACCAAACCCGUACGGCUGAAGGGUUUAGUGCCAAUAAUCAAGGGCAUAUUGCCCCCGACCCAUGCACUAUGGCAAGAGUCAUAA